AUGUACAUCAUUAAUUUACCCAAUCGUUCUGAUCGAAGAACAAAAAUAAUUGCUCUCAUGCAAACACUUCAUUUUGAUGCUUUCAUAGUACCAGCUUAUACCAUACAUUCUUCUGAAGUGGUUUCUCGUAAGCAUCUAUUACAUAAUGGUCGAAUAACAUUAGUCGAACUUGCUAGCUGGGCAAGUCAUAUGCAAGUUUGGUCAGAAAUUACAUUUUCCAAAAGUAAUGACAGUUGGUAUUUAGUGUUUGAAGAUGAUAUUGAUCUUGAAACAUUGACAACAGAAAUACUUCAAUCAUUUCCUGAUGAUCUAUGGCGUAAACCAGAUUUGGUCUAUCUUGGCUCUUGUGGCAAUAUACCUGGUUCAAAAAUCUAUGAAGGAGCGUAUGGUUAUCGUAUACAUCAAGCACUUAACCCAAGCUGUCUGCAUGCAUAUGCAAUUCAACCACAAACUGCUGCAAAACUUCUUAAUCUAUUAUCUUCACCAAGAAGAGCAGCUGAUGAUGAAAUUGUUCUUCUAUCAAAUAGUCAAAAACUAUUGGUAUAUAGUAUUCAUCCACCAUUAGCAUUACAAAGAUUAACUACACCUUCAAAUCCAUCUGAUCUACAUCCAGAAAAAGUCUAUCGGCUGUCUCGAUUCAAAGCAAAAAUCGAUUCUAUGAUUCGAUGGUGGCGAGGUGUGGAAUUAGUAGAUAAACUAAAAGAUUCAGCAUUAGCCAAAGCCAAUAUAGAUAAAGCUGUUGAGUGGAGAGAGAAAAAUGAACAUGGUACUUGGAAGAAUGCAAACAGAAAUACUUCUGAUUGCGAUAGAUGCUGA